AUGGAUAAUAACAAUAUAAACAGGUCAACAUCACAUGGAGAUGUCAUUGCAACUUUCAACAACAAUUUAUAUAAUGAUAGUAAUAUAAUACCAAAGAAAAAAAAAAAUAGGAUUAUGCACGUUGGAUCAUUUGAAGUAGGCAAAACAUUGGGUAAUGGAACGUUUGGAAAGGUUAAAUUAGGAACAAAUGUAUUUACAAAAGAAACAGUUGCAAUUAAAUUUAUUAAAAAUAACAAAUUAUCAAAUAAACAAAAAGAAACAUGUUUCAGAGAAAUUGAUAUUAUGAAAUUAUUAGACCAUCCAAAUAUUGUUAAACUAUUAGAUGUUGUUGAUAAAAGAGAAGAAGAAGGGGUAACCUAUUUAAUAGUGGAAUACGUAUCAGGUGGUGAGCUGUUUGAUUACAUUGUUGCAAGGGAGUAUAUAAAAGAAAAAGAAGCAAGAAAAUUUUUUAGACAAAUGUUAUCAGCAAUCGAAUACUGCCAUGCAAAUCUAAUUGUCCAUAGAGAUUUAAAACCAGAAAACUUACUUUUGGAUGCAGAGGGUAAUAUAAAAAUUUCGGAUUUUGGUUUAAGUAAUAAUAUUCAACCUGGCAAACUACUCGAAUCAUUUUGUGGCUCACCAUUAUAUGCAGCACCCGAAAUAUUAAAAGCAGAAAAAUAUUUAGGCCCACCAGUUGAUAUAUGGAGUCUGGGUGUUAUUAUGUAUGCAGUGCUUUGUGGCAAUUUGCCAUGGGAAGGGGAAUCUCAAGCUGAAAUUAGUUAUAAUAGUGUUCAUGGUAAUUAUGAAGACCCAACCCAUUUAACUCAAGAGGCAGUGAGCAUUCUUCGUAGAAUGAUAGUACCAGAUCCAAAAAAGAGAGCCACUAUUCAAGAAUUAAAAAAACAUAAAUGGACAAAUAUGGAUUACGAUGAACCACCAAGAUCCUUUUUACCACCAAGAGAGCCAGUUUACGAAAUUAAAGAGGAUAUUUAUAAUCAUUUGGUUUCAUUAGGCUUCCCGAAUACAAACGAAACAAGAGAAAUAAUUUUAAGAAACGAAAAUUGUGGCAUAGUUAAUGUAUACCAUUUAUUAUUGGAUAGAUAUGCUCAUAAAGAAGUCGAAUCUUUAAAAUCAAAAUUAGAAUUAUUAUCAAAAAGAAAGAAAUCUUUUUCAGAGAAAAAAACACCUUCAUCGAACUCAUUAGCAUCAAUCCCAGAAGAUUCAAAUGAUGGAGUAUCACAACAAUUGAAAUCAUCAAAUGACUCUUCACCUUCUCAAAAUUCUAUUAAAGAAGUAAAUAUAGAUGAUUUAGAAAAGGAUUUAAUCGAGGAUGAAGAAUCUAUUGAAGAACAAAUGCCAACUAUACUUCCUAGAAGAUCAUCAGAACCUAGUAAUGAAUCUGAAGAAGCCAAUAGAACUCAAGGUAUGAAGUCGAGCUAUUCUGCCCCAGGUGUUCCAAAGCAUGAUGAAAACUAUGAAUAUUAUAAAAAUAAACAACAACUACAACAAUUCUCUAACGAAUAUAAUAUCUAUCACCCAGAAUUUACAACUCAUAGUGGUGAACAACAAUCCCCCGGUAUUGAAAAAAAGAUAAAGCAAUUACAAGAGUUAGAGCUUCAACAAUUAAAACAAAAGCAAAAUACAAUUGGCACCACCUCGUCGCCUUUUAACAAUAAUCAAUAUAGCAUCAAUAAUAAUGAUAACACUAUACCAACCUAUUAUUCCCUACAACAACAUCAAUCAAUAAAACCUGGUGAUACUGAACAGCCACAACAAUAUGCAAGAAGAAACUCAAUUGCCGUAUCUUCUCUUUAUUGUGGCAAUUUACCAGAGCAAGAUUCAUCAAUAAAGAAUGAUAUAGAAAAACUGGAUAUCAAUAGUAAUACUCAUCCAAUAAUUAAUAGAGGUUCUUUAGGUUCAAUAAACGGUGAAGUUCAAGAGGAGAUUAUCGAUAAACAAGAACCAAUUAUUGAAGCACCAAAAACUAGAAGAAUGAGUUUAGAUUCACGUAUUCUUAAUGGAGAUCAACAAUCACUAAUCGAAAAGAAUCAACAUAUGGCAAGUCCCAGAACUUCAAAAGGAAUUUUCAAAUCAUCAACAACAACAACCAAAUCACCAGAAAAGACAAUAAUCGAAUUAAAGAGAUCAUUAGAAGAAAGUGGUUUGUUCACAAAAAAGAAAGGUCCAUAUCUUUUCUUGUGUUUUGACGAAGAUAACUCUGUAAAAUUCCAAAUAGAGAUCGUCAAGAUUAGUAAUUUAGAUCUAACAGGUAUUCAACUAAAAAGAUUAAGCGGAGAUACUUGGAAAUAUAAAGAUAUUUGUACAGAAUUAGUAAACUCAAUGAAAUUAUAA